UCUGUGGUGAUCUGCGAAUCCCGCAUUUAUUUUUUCUUCAGUUAAUUCUACUGAAGGGGAGGGAAUUCAAAUUAUUUUAAAAUACAAGGGGAGGGUCGUGUGAAAAUGUAGAUAUGUCCCGAACACAACUUUACCCGUCUGGAGGGUACAGUGGAUGCCAACUAAUUAUAGUGACGGAUGGAGACUGCUGGGGAUGUAACUCCUCGAGAAAUACUCUACAUUUGAGCCUUCCAUCAUCAGGAAAAUUGCCCUGUUUUCUCAAAAGAGCUUUCGCACGUUUAACUGGUUUAAAGCAGCUUUAAUAAUCUAACUGCAGCGCAGAAGAUCCUCCCUCCUAGCAACACUAGACAGGUCAUCGCGCACAAUGUUUGGGAGCGAAGUUAUUCAAGCAAUAAAUCCUGCGAAUUUAGCUAGCACUGAAAAAAAUACAGAAGAAUAUAUAUUUGCGGUUGGUACUUACAAACUCCUUGCUUUUGCCAUCGGAACAAUCGGAGUCUUCGGAUUUUGCAACAAUAUUAUUGUCAUCGUGCUGUACUACAGAUUCAAGAGACUCCGGACGCCCACAAAUUUGUUAAUAGUAAACAUUAGUAUAAGUGACGUGUUGGUGUCUGUCAUUGGAAUUAACUUUACGUUUGUUUCGUGCAUCAAAGGCGGAUGGGUCUGGAACUCGGCAACAUGCAUUUGGGACGGAUUCAGCAACAGUUUAUUUGGCAUCGUGUCUAUCAUGAGUCUCUCUGCCCUGGCCUAUGAGCGCUACAUCCGGGUGGUCCAUGCUAAGGUGGUGGACUUCCCCUGGGCCUGGAGGUGCAUCACUUACAUCUGGCUCUACUCCCUGGUCUGGACAGGGGCUCCUCUCCUGGGGUGGAACCGCUACACUCUGGAGAUCCACCAGUUAGGCUGCUCUCUGGACUGGACUUCCAAGGACCCUAACGAUUCCUCCUUCGUCCUCUUCUUUCUCCUGGCCUGCUUCUUCGUACCAGUGGGCAUUAUGAUCUACUGCUACGGGAACAUUCUUUACACAGUGCAAAUGCUCCGCUCCAUCCAGGACCUUCAGACAGUGCAGAUUAUUAAGAUCCUGCGCUACGAGAAAAAGGUGGCCGUCAUGUUCCUCUUGAUGAUUUCCUGUUUCCUGGUGUGCUGGACGCCCUACGCCGUGGUGUCCAUGAUGGAAGCCUUUGGCAGGAAGAGCAUGGUCACCCCUGCCGCCGCCAUCAUCCCCUCCUUCUUCGCCAAGUCCAGCACGGCCUAUAACCCUCUCAUCUACAUCUCCAUGAGCAGAAAGUUCCGGCGCUGCUUGCUGCAGCUGUUGUGCUCCCGGCUCUCAUGGAUUCAGCACAGCGUCAAGGACCGCCCCCUGGCCCGGAGCAUCGAGCGGCCCAUCCGCCCAAUCUUCAUGUCCCACCGAGGAGAUGGGGAACGACCAAAGAAGAGGGUGACCUUCAGCUCCUCCUCCAUCAUCUUCAUCAUCGCCAACAACGACAUUCACCACCUGGACACCACCUCCAAGAGUGGCCGUAUGUUGUCAGAGGUCAUCCAGGUGCGGCCGCUGUGACAGAGCAUUAUGGGUACUGCAGUACGUCAUGCUACACCCAGGCCACCAUGGGAACUGACUAAUCACCUCCAUCUAACACCUGUUCCUCUGUAUACCUCAGAACUUCCUCUCAUGAUGCAGUAAACCCGGAGGUGUUUCCUCUCAAAAGCCAAAACACCUUUUUGACCCAAGACUACUGGAAGUGUUUAAUGUCCUGUUCUCAGACUGUCUCGCCAGGAAACACUUUUUCUACCAACAGUUGUGGUAAACAAAUGAUGUAGCUGUGAAUUUGUGACGUAUCUCUCUCAACUUGUACCCUGUUAUUUUCAACAGCGCCUAUGUAAUCGUGUCAGCCAGCCUUCGACAUAGUCUCAUCCUGAGUUUAGUGUUUUUAAACAGGACCUCCUGUGUGAUGCCGGAGGCUAGCAGUGUUAAUGGAUCAGUGAUUGGCUGAGGAAGUGAUGUUGAUAAUUAUUAUUUCCCUGGUUGGCAGCAGUGCAGUGCAGUGCAGCAGUGCUGAAUGACUGAUGGGAAAAGCAUUGCAAAAUUGCAGCAGCACAUUCUGCACAAUACUCUCUCCGCCUUUAUUGUAUCUGGAUGUGAGAAAGAGAUCCUAUUUUAAGAAAGCCACAGAUGAGAUGUAUUUAAAAAAAAUAUUUAAAAAAAUCUUCCUAAUUUAAUUGUCACCACACUCGCUAGCGUGAUAAGUGCAAUCACUGUGAAAUGACAUUUCGUGGAAUUAUUUACGUAGAAUAAUAUGAAUGUAAUUAAAGAGGGAGGAGAUUGUGGUCAAGAUCAGACUGGUUCCACAGGCGGCAGCGAUAAGAAACUCCUGCGGCUCCAGGUUGCAGAAGGAGCUCCCUUCAUAAGCCUCCCGCGUCGUCCCCUAUGAGUAGAGUUGAUGAGGAGAUGAUCUUAUUCAGCUCUAUAUAGGCACCAUGUCAUCAUAUACGUACAUCUGUGGUGACCUGAGACUGUCGUAAGAGCAAGCCAAUCAUCAGCCUAGCUAGUAGCUACCACUUUGAGCUUGACAUUUACAGUAGAAAUAUAGGUCUGGUUUAUCCCACAGAAAACAUUUUUCAUAAAAAUGUGUGCGCCUUAGAUGUUUGUCCUCUUUCGCUCAAAACAUGUUAUGCUGUGUGAAGGACUCCAUGAUUAAGAAGUGAGCAAGUGUGAAAGAGCUCAAAUUCAUUAAAUUAAUCAACAGGUUUUGCAAGCCAUAACUCCGCCACAAGCAACUGCAAAUUCAUUAAUUCAAUAACACUCACAUCAAGGCAAAUUGUAUUAACAAUGUUUAUAACUUUAAUGAUAAAUAAUUAUUUGUCAACACGGGUCAUGCAGCCAUGACUACUACAGUUGUAUUGUUGAGCAGUAACAUUGUGAUCAUGGCACAGCAUUAAGACGAGUGGCAGGGUAGCCUAGUGGUUAGAGUGUUGGUCUAGUAACCGGAAGGUUGCAAGUUCAAACCCCUGAGCUGACAAGGUACAAAUCUGUUAUUCUGCCCCUGAACAGGCAGUUCCUAGGCCAUCAUUGAAAAUAAGAUUUUUUUUCUUAACUGACUUGCCUAGUUAAAUAAAAAAGACCAGAGUAUCUUAUUUUAGCUCAUAUCCUUGCAGGUGCAACCUCAAUCAAAAAUAUAAAUACUGUGGUUUUAAGGUACUGGCCUCGAACAUUAUUUACUGUAUUUAUGUUUGAUUCAACACACCCACAAAAAUGCCACUUAAGUUAUUUUCUGGCAUGUUGACCUCACAUGGAACUGGGACAAUAUUAUGCCACAAAUUAUCUGGAAUGUUUAAUUACUGCAACAUGACUGACACGAGUUGGAUGUUGGUUAAUAAUGAUUAAUAAACACUUGAGUAAAUGAGGGACACAAAGUAUUUUUAAAGUAGGUGCUUCCACACAGGUGUGGUUACUGAGUUAAUUAAGAAAUUAACAGCCUAUUAUGCUUAGGGUUAUGUAUAAAAAUGCCUAGUUGCCCAUUAUUUUGGUUACCAUGGCUAGAAGAAUAAUUCUCAUUAACAUUGAAAGAGGGGUAUCAUUUUGGCAGUUACCUGUACAUUAACACAAAAUGUGCCCCACAGGCCUUUAAUUACAGUCAAUAAAAUGUACAUUAUGAAAAAAUUACAUUGGUAAUUGGGUCACAGAACACUGUAUUUUUACCAUCUUGUUUGUAGCUCCGUUUUCACCCCUUUAUCUGGGACGAAGAGGUAUUAGCCCACAAAACCUCAGAAGGGACUCUUGAGGGCCUGCAGCCUGGUCCACAGCUGCUCGAUGGAGAUGUUUGGCAUAUUAGGGUGGUAUCUGACUAGAAGGUAGGAGCCUCCCACAACAGAUGCUGCCACACAUAACAGGCCUUGGUUGAUCACCUGAGGGGAACAAAAUAAUUCAGUUUCUUAAAAAUUGGAAAUCAAAUGAUCCUCCAUCGUUAAGACUAUUUAAAUAUUGAAAAUGUGGGCUACAGGAAAACUAAAUAGCACAAUUUGAGAUUUAAAAGCACUAGAAAUGAGCACAAGGUGAAAGGAAAUCAAAAGUGAAAGGAAAUGUUAUGAGAAUAAAACAAGAAAAGUGUUUAAGUAACAACAACAAAAAAUCAGAUGACUGAAACUUCAGUCUCAGAUCGAUUGUCUAUAGCCAAGUUAAUCUCCCCUUUCAUGUAAGAAAGUAAUGACAAUCAUGAUUUUUUGGAAAGAGCAUAAUUUUGUACAUAUAUUAAACUGUGAGAUUGACCAAUUCCAGUCCAUUUGCGUAGAAGGACUGAUAAACUCAGUUUUGAUGACUUUUUAAGAAGACAUUCUAUUCCAAAAUGUAUGAAAAUCUAAUUAUGCUGACACCAUCUAAAAUAUAAUUUCCACCUCCAAAAAUGGGCCAAAUAACAUAUUGGACCAUGUACAGUUGAAGUCGGAAGUUUACAUACACCUUACACCAUACACAUACACCAAAUACAUUUAAACUCAGUUUUUCACAAUU